CUGCUCCACCAUGCCCUCGCCCUCGCCCUCGCCGGCACCCGAUAGCGGCGCAGAGGCCGCGCCCGCCAAGGGCUCGCCGUCCGACUUUCUCAAGCACGUCAUCGGCAAGCGCGUCGUCGUGCGCCUCACCAGCGGCAUCGACUACAAGGGCGUACUCACGUGCCUCGACGGCUACAUGAACAUCGCCCUCGAGGACUGCGCCGAGUGGGUCGGCGGCCAGCGCCGCGGCGUCUACGGCGACGCCUUUGUGCGCGGCAACAACGUGCUGUACAUCACCGCUGCAUAGGCUGCAGCGAAGGAGCGUUGGCAGGGCACGGGGUCAGGGUUUACGUGAGAGAAGGCAAAUGCACAAAAUCCAGCAAGCAGUGCGUGCAGCUCGAGCUGGAGCAGGAGGGCGUCUCGUUCGGCGAGGACAGCUGCUGGCGCGUGCGGCCGGGCCGCUUCUCCGUCGAGCUGGCGCACAGUGCCGACCCGCGCCAACCCGCGCCAGGUAAGCGCGCACCAGCACCACGAUCGACGAGAGCUGGACGUGGCAGGGCAUCGGGCAUGUGUGACUCGAAUGAAUGGCCGUCUACUUGCGGUAGUCACCCAGCUCGCCCUGCACCUCGGCCCAGCUCUCGAGCUCGCCGCGCUUGCGCCAGCGCUGCAGCCACUCGUUGAGGCGCGAGCGCAGGUCGGCGACGGCCGCCGGCGUCAGGUGCUUCGCCAGCUCGACGGUGCUGCUGACCUCGUUGC